AUGGCUGAAGCACUUUUCAAAGAAAUUGAUGUUAAUGGUGAUGGAGCUGUCUCCUAUGAAGAAGUUAAAGCUUUUGUUUCAAAGAAGAGACCAAUUAAGAAUGAACAACUUCUUCAAUUAAUUUUCAAAUCUAUUGAUGCUGAUGGAAAUGGAGAAAUUGAUGCAAAUGAAUUUGCUAAAUUCUUUGGAUCAGUUCAAGGACAAGAUCUUUCUGAUGAUAAGAUUGGAUUGAAAGUACUUUAUAAACUCAUGGAUGCUGAUGGAGAUGGAAAGUUAACUAAAGAAGAAGUUACUUCAUUCUUCAAAAAGAAUGGAAACGAAAAGGUUGCUGAACAAGUUAUGAAGGCUGAUGCUAAUGGUGAUGGAUACAUUACCCUUGAAGAAUUCCUUGAAUUCACACUCUAA